CUCAUAUAUAGGCGCCUUAUUUCUAUCGAUAAUGGCCUUCAGAUCUGCUAUCUUGGAAGACAAUAACGUCGAAGUCGAACUCGAGAAAACGUGAACAUGCUGCAGCCGAUUUACGCCCUUCAGACGGGACCACCACACUCCACACCCCCGGUGCCUGAGUGGGGACACCUCCCACUGGACAUUUACAUGCUGGAGCAAUGGCACGUGCCCCAUCCGCGUUCUGCGUGGGAAACUGUCCAAGAACGCUGUCGUCGUUUGGCGCGACAGUUUAUGCAACUCGGUGCGAUUCGCAGAGAGCCCUAUAUCCGACGCACUGAUCCCAAUUGUCCACUCUACUCCCCCGCACAGCCGACAGAGGAACAGAUCGAGCAUAUCCUCCGCCCCUAUCGUCCAGAUGGCCUCCGCCGCUUCUGCCCUGCGGCGGGAAUAAACCCCAUCUGGAUGCGCAUCUGCUACGACCCCGACGGCGCCGACGCGCACGACUCAAUCUGGAGGGAAUUCAUGUGCGAGACAUACCAAGCAGCAGGUCCCGGCUCGCUCAUUUUUAACGAUCAAAGCACGUUCGGAACCGAGAAUGUCGACUUGGCGCUCGAAGCGUUCCCCGAACGAGUCAUCAAUACCUCCAGACCCGAGUACGCACAUGUACGAGAAGCUGCGCUGCAGCGUUUAUGCGGGGAAGAUACCGGUCCAUGGACCAGACUUGAAAGCCAUUACGAAGAAUUACUCGAUCAGGAUGAAAUAGACGCAAGAGUUAUCCGGGAGCGGUUUGUCUCGUACCAUAUCGCUUGUAUCGUCACGUAUAUCAUGGUCGAAGAUAUUACCACUCUGAUGGGUGACGGGUUGCUGCUUGCUUUUCUAGAUGACAUGGGGAAUGUCGUGCGUCAGGACCGCUUGGGUCCGGAGCAGGCUGAUAGUUUCGAGACCAAGUGGAGGACUGGACGGUGGAGGUAUUUUGUUGAGAGACAUAUUCAGGAGGUCGGUCCGGCUUAUUUGGAUGGAGGCGUGCGUGGUCCGCCAUAUUGGUAGUCGCGAUGCCUCUCUCAUUCGUUAUUUUGGGUUUCUGCUUCUCCUCUCUGUAUUUCUAAAACGUCAAACAUUAUGUCCAAUGUGUCGCAUACAUUCAACCUACGCAAUUGCAAUCAACCCUAACAGCCAUCAGUAGCCAUGUCAUAAUGCACAAAACAGCUGUAUUCCAAGAUGAUGCUAA